AUUACUUAUGGUUGAGCUUUGAGAUUUAUUUUGUUGUAAUAGUGGUCUGUUUUGGAAUAGGCCGCUUUUUUUUUCCUUUCAUUUUUUAUAGUAGAAUGAAUGUUCAGUGAUGUCUGAGUGUACCACACACAUAGUCACACAUGAACUGUAUUCACACAGCUGUGUAAACACUUUGUUUGAUAAGUGUAAUUUAUGCUGCGUAUCCAAACCUAGUUACAAAGUGCAACCAUUUAAUAGAAGUCUUGAAUUUAUAAUAUCACUUAUGGUAAAUAUUAGCUGAAGUUUUGUUAGCUUCUCCUAUUUUAGGCCACUUUGACUGCCUCAUACUGAUUAGUAAAAUUAUUUGAAGUUAAUAGUUGUAGGACUUAUUUACAACAGUCUAUCGUUCUUUUUAUUUAAUUACAUGUUAUGAAUAACUGCUAGCUGACAGGUUUCUCUUUCCUGUGAGUAAGUGUGAGUAUCAGUAUGUGUGAUUUUUUUUUUCAUGUCGUAUCAGGGUGUGUUUCCCUGCGAGGGAGGGACAGUAAUGAAUGCUUUUUGUUCAAGUGCAGGGUUGGAGUGUUCAUAAAACCUCAUCUAAAUUCUUGAAAUGGUGAUAGAAAGAUACUUGAAGUAGGUGAAUGAAUGAAGGAGAGAAAACAGAAAGAGAAAGAAAAAGGAAGAAAAAGGUAGCUGGAUAAUGAACAUGGAUAAUGAGAAAAAGUUUAGUGGUUCAUGAAAACAUACCAAGGCAAGGGGGUGGAGGAAUAGGAUGACAACAGUCACAGGAGGAGGGGCGUACAUGGAGAGGAAACUUGGAACAAAAAAGUAGCCAGUCCCAGAGUUGAAUCAAACGCUUUUGUGUGAUCUGGAGACUCUUGUGUUUCUGGCACGGCAUUCUCUCUGCUGGGGCAGCUCUUCUCACAGCGAGUAGUUUUAGCAUUGGGUAGAAUUCUGACUCGGGUUCUGACAAAGAGAGAGAGAGUGUGUGUGUGUGUGUGUGCGUGUGUGUGUGUGUCUCUCUCUCUCUCUCUCUCUCUGGUCCACUCCAGGUGCCUCUUACUUGAACUUGUUAGGUCACUAAUAAAAUGCAAAUGCUUAUCUUGCUUCUGAUCUCCAGCUCCCAUCUUUUCUGUUCCUGUCGUACAGAUGACACCCUUUUCAGUUUAAUAGAGGCCUCUUUAACCAGUACUGAGAAAUAUGCCUUUGUGAAACCCAAGAGAACCUCAUUAAUGACACCUCCUUACCUACUGAUGUGUUUGGCUGCUUCAUGCUCUGUUGUGAACAGUUAGCUGUAAUUAAAAUGCAUAAGCAAGACUAAAUUUGAGGGAUAAUUCCAGGAUAAUCAUAGUUAAACCUCUGGUAAUUGUACAUGGACAAUUUUUUUCGAGGAUUUACACAUGCUCUUUUCUCUUAAGUCAGUGCCUCUCUGUCCUGGAUGUUCUGUUAGAAAGUUUGAAACUGUAGAAAAAUGACACUCAUAUAGCAUACCAUUCACCCAGCUUUUAUCUACUUCAUAUAUUCAUUGGAACAGUUAUAGCAUUGCUUAAACAAUGCUAUAAACAGGAUAUUUGUUUAAAAGAAUGUGUAUUGUGUUACUCUCAAAGGGCCAUGUAUAUGUAAAUAAAUGGUUUUCUACCUGUCAUUACACAGCAGGAAUGCUGUACCUGACCUCCCUGAACUGAGUUUCGGUAAUAUAAGAUCCUCAGUGCUGAUUAGACAUCUUAAGUUUAAUAGAAGAGAACAACACAUACUUUCUAAAUUGCCCAGCACAAAAUGUUUCUUUUGUAUUUGUUAACUAUAAGAAUCUGCAGUGCUAACACAUGCACUUAUCUUCUUUUUUAUUUGCACUUUCUUGUACUUUCUACACUUCACUGUUUUCCCCAGAUUUCUUUUCUGUAGGCAGCUUUAAAAAAAAUACAUUCCUAAUCAUUACUCCUUUAACUGGUUCAAAAGCAGGGUAUAUACUAUACUGGAGGACAUGAAUAGCUAUUUUUUUCCCCUCUCACACUAAAACAUGCCAGAGAUCAGGACAGCCCUCAACAAUAGCCCAUUGUGAAGUGUACAGGCACUUUAAACCACACAGCAGUCUCUGAAAUAAUCAGCCUGUGUCCAAACUUUCCCAGGUCAUUCCACUGAAACAUGAAAGCAAAGUUUCAUAAAAUCAUCGGAUUCAUGCAAAUGUGGGUCAGACAAUUAUCUGCGUGCUGCUUACAUACUAGUGGGCACCUAGUGAAAGGGUUAUGCUAAUCAAGUCUAAACAGAAAAUAAUGGCAUCCUACUUGAGAUAAAAGCUGAAUGUGUAAGUUUCUCAUAGCUUCAACUCAGUGUUUCAUACUGAUUAAACAUCUGUUAAUGUAAUAUUAUUGUUAGGUAAAGCAGUUUUGCAAAGUAGAAAUUUAGGACUGAACUUAAGUAUAAAAAUAGCAUGAUCCUAAGAAGUGGAAGACGCAGUUCUGUUUGACAAUGUCAAGUCUGAAAACACCUCAUAGAAGUUUCUGCAGAAAAGGAGUAAGCCUCUCUCUGGUGUAAGCGCAUUUCUGUGAGGACCAGCCUUUGUUUUUCUGCAAACAGAAACUCACAGCCAAUCACAGAAUUCCUGUAAUCCACCACUCAUGUGACUUCACUGAAUAAUUACCCUACGUUCCUCCCUCUUUCCUCCCCCCUUUUUCUUUCGUCCUCUGCCUCCUUCCUAUUGGCUGGAAAGAUGGAGGGAGUGAAGGAUUGAGUUUCUCACAACUCAGCCAGCCAGUCCAGCUCUAGCAGCUGUGGGAGACUGAGAGUUAGGGAAAGAGAGAGUGAGCGUUUGGCCAUGACCAUGUCUGACAGGUGGACUCCUGUCUCUAUGGCUGUAAACAGUGACUACUGGAGGAGCUAACACAGCUGGUUUUGGUGAAACAGUGAUUCUUCCAGACGGAAUGAAUGGUCAAAUGGCACUGGGACACCCUACGGUGUUUGCCCCAGUUGCCUGGGAUUUUAGCAGAGCUCCUCCUCGGAGAGGAAAAAGUGUGGAGGAGUUGGUGAGUGACAGCUGGGAGCGGGAGAGGUACAUCCAAAUGCAUAUGCACUUUCAGCAACAGCAGCAGCUACAGCAGCCACAGCAGCCAAUAAUAUGCCCACAGGAUUUUGGGCCUGCACCAGGCUAUUUGGAAAACCAAGCCUACCUCAAACAAGCCAGUGGUAUGCACCAAACUUGCUGGGAAUAUGAGGACUGUGACAAGGUACCAUACAGAGAGGGUCUUCCACAACAGAAGAACCAGUUCUUCUACCACACACCUGAGGCUGUCUUUCAGAAACCCAGGAGGCCACAGGAGUGGACUGGCAACCAUUGCUUUUAUGAUCCUAAAGAAGAUGUGAACUUUACUGACCACAGAGGGAAUAGGGACCAUGUCUGGAGCCCACAAACAAAGGAAUACCCUAACCAUAUAAACAGGGACAGACAUAACUAUUGGGAUGUGGAUGAGUAUUAUGAUGAGAGGGAGCGCUAUAGAAGACGGGAUGAAAAUGCCUACUAUGACCGAGACAAAAGGGAUUAUUAUGAUAAAAAGAGAGGCAAUUACAGAGAAAGGGACCGUUAUGAACGUAGAGACAAUGAUUACUAUGAUCAUAAAGAACUGGAUACAUAUGACCGAUAUAACCAGAAAGACUUGGAUAAUUAUGACCAUUAUGACCACAAGGACAGCAUGCGAAGGGAUUACUAUGACACUAGACAAAGACAUAAAUAUGUAUAUAGGGAUACAGAACACUGUGGACAUAGAGAAAAAGAGUUCAGUGAUCACAGAGAUAUGGAUCGCUGUGAUCGUCAACAGAAGGACCAGUAUGACCACAGGAGAGUCGACCGUAAUUACAAUAGAGAGGGCGAGCAAGACCACAAGAAAUUCAAUCGCUAUGCGUAUAGAGAGAAAGACAGAAAAGAUCAAAGAGACACUGACCAGUAUGAGCAAAGAAAAGGGGAUCGCUCAAAAUAUAGGGAAAAAGAUAUUGAUGAUCGUAGAAAAGUAGACCACUAUAAAUGCAGAGAAAACCCAGAUGCUGAAUACAAAGAAAAAGACUACUAUACAUGGCAGGAUGAUGACAAACUUGACCUUAAGGACAAGGAUACAUAUGACUCUAGGAAAGAUGGCAGGUACAAACUCAAGGAGAUAGUCCAGUAUGAUCGUAGAGAAAAGGGUCUCUAUGAACACAUGGAACAAGGUCCUCGUGAGCAAAGGCAAAAAGACAGUUGGAGGGAAAAGGACCGCUACCAGCUCCGAGAUACUGAUCGCUAUUAUUAUAGAGACAAGUAUAACAGAGACCACAGAUCUGAUGACUGCUAUGAUAAUGAGGUAAAAGACUAUUUUGAGGACAGGGAAUGGGAGGAUGAUCAGUAUGAGCAGAAAAGCAGGAGCUACUUCAAAGUUUCCACAGAGGGAUACAGCAGUGACUAUGAUGGUUGGAAACACAGUAAGGAAUGGGAAAAAGAUGUUUACCACACACAAACGGUUAGAGAGAGGGAUGUGAGGAGCUACGAAGAUCCUAUCACUCUCACCCAAUUUGAUCAUGAGAACACCAAGAAUGGGGCACUCAUUCGCCCAUUCUCAGGAAGACUGGACAUGGAAAAACAAGGCUGGAAAAAGCAGAAGGCGCUUUACGCAGGUUCACUGGACAGGAACAGUUUCUACAGAAGAACAGCUCCUAGUUCACUAAGGAAGUCUGAGUUUGUUGUCAACAGGAAAGAGAGGCAAGAGAUGACUCUACUGUCAGCCCAGCCUGAAUCUCUAGAACCAGCUCCUGCCUCUGCAGCCACGACUGAGGAUCCUGAGCAAAGGAUGCUAGAGAAAAGGUCAAAGGUCAUAGAGGAGCUCCUGCAGACUGAGAGAGAUUACAUUAAAGACCUGAACAUGUGUAAGACACAUAUCAUCCUACCCCUACAGAAAAAAGAGGUCCAGAAUGUAGACUUUGAUGGGCUCUUUGGCAACAUCGAAUCUGUAAUUGAUCUCUCCACACGUCUUGAAGAAGCACUUCAGGACACUGACUCGAUAGGAAAAGUGUUCCUGGACUUCAAAUCAGAACUGGAGCAGGUCUACAAGGUCUACUGUCAGAAUCAUGAUGAUGCCAUCGCCUUGCUGGAGUCCUAUGAGAAAGAUGAAAAUAUUCAGAAACAGGUGCUGGAGUGCCUGGAGAAGCUCAGAGCGAUAUACCAUGAGUGGGGGAAGACUAACUACAUAAAUCUGGGUUCGUUCCUGAUAAAGCCUGUGCAGAGGGUCAUGCGUUAUCCACUGCUGCUCAUGGAGCUUUUGAAUGCCACACCAGAGUCGCACCAUGACAGGAAGGAGCUUGCAGAUGCAGUGUCAUCUGUCAAAGAAAUCAAUGUCAACAUCAAUGAGUACAAAAGAAGAAAGGACCUGGUUGUGAAGUACCGCAAAGGGGAUGAGGACAGACUCAUUGACAAGAUUUCCAAACUAAGCAUGCACUCCAUCAUCAAGAAGUCAAACAGAGUGAGCAGCCACCUCAAGCACCUGACUGGAAUUGCACCACAGGUCAAAGAUGAAGCAUUUGAUGACGCAGAGAAGCGAUUCAGACUCCAGGAGAGAUUAAUCAAGUCCUUCAUCAGGGAUAUCUCUCUUUAUCUGCAACAUAUACGGGAGUCAGCCUCUGUGAACGUGCUGUCAGCCAUCAGCUUCUGUGAUAUCUACACAGAGCGACAACAGCAGUUGGAUCCUGAGCGCUUCCAGAGAGCCCAUCGGUGCAUCAGUGACAAGCAGUUCACUGAAUUUAAGGAAAGGACGGAGGCUCUGGUCAUCUCUCCCCUCACCCAGCUGCUUUCCAUGUUUGCUGGUCCACACAAGCUGAUCCAGAAGCGCUUUGACAAGCUGCUUGACUACGAUAACUGUAAAGAGAGAGCAGAGAGGUUGAAAGACAAGCGCGUGCAGGAAGACCUGCAAACAGCGAGAAACAACUACGAGGCCCUGAAUGCCCAGCUGCUGGAUGAGCUUCCCAAAUUUCAUCGCGCUGCUGAGGAGCUCUUCACCAACUGCAUGCGGGGCUUUGCCCAGGCACAGAGAGACUUCAUAUUUCUCACACUGGGAGAGCUCAGUCCACUCCUGCAGCUGUCAAGAAUAGGAGGCACAGAGGGGAACCUGGUGUCACUGUUUCAGGAAGAGCACAGCAGAGUACUCCAGCUUUUACAGAGCUUCAGCUUCUUCCCAGAGAACCUGCCCAUGCCGCGCAAACCCUACGAAAAGAAAACCCUGGAGAAACAGACUUCUAAGAAGCAGCUUCUAAGUCCUCCAAACUGCAUAAUCCAGACAGAUGAGCAUCGGACAGGGCUCCUUGCUCUCUACGGCCCAGAGAAGCUCUUCCAGGCUGAAAGGAAUUUCAAUGCUGCACAGGACCUGGAUGUGUCCAUACUGGAGGGGGACAUAGUGGGAGUCAUCAAACAGCAAGACCCCAUGGGCAGUCAGAAUCGUUGGCUUAUAGAUAAUGGUGUCACAAAGGGCUUCGUUUACAGCUCCUUCUUAAAGCCCUAUAACCCACGACAGAGCCAUUCAGAUGUUUCUAUUGAGAGUCAGUCCUCCAAUGAGUCAGGAUAUGGUGGCUCCUCCCCUGUGUUCUCACGGCAGAACAGCAACAGCACACUGACAUUCAACCAUGAGACAUCUACCGUCAGCUUCUCUUCAGCCCACACUCCAAACCAUGCAUCACUACGCCUGUCUCAGGACUCUAACGCCUCCCACAGGAUCUCCCACAUCAAUACUCCAUCGCCAAACUACCCUCCAACCAAUCAGAGUGAUACCCUUGACUCCACCUACAGGAAUUCCUCUAAUCAGAAAGAACUGUCUGAGAUUGCUGUUCAUAAUGCUGCCAAUCAUGGGGACUAUUCGGAGCAUUUGUACAGAAAUCCCGCCAAUUACAGAGAUUCCUCUGAUUCCAGGUACACUACACCAGCUAAUCACAGAGACCCCUCAGACUCUUCAGAGACAGACUCUUGUUCCUCCAGUAAGAACUCUAGACAUGAUGCAUCUCAGAGGCACACAGCCUACGUCUCUCAGCAGAGACAGAAUGGCGAGUGUUCAGUGCAGAAAAGUAGGCCUCAGUACUCUGCUGAUGAGUUCAUAGAGCCUGACCACGAGCUGGAUGGCCAUCAGAUAUAUUAUGCUCUUUAUUCAUUCACUGCACGCUGCGCAAAUGAGCUGAGCAUUUCGGCCAAUCAGAGAAUUCGAAUCCUAGAGUUCCAGGACAUGAAUGGCAACCAGGAGUGGUGGCUGGGUGAGGCCGGAGGACGGCGGGGCUAUGUACCUUCCAACUACAUCCGCAAGUCAGAGUACACCUGAGCAUGAUAGCUGUAUGAGAGGCCGAGAGAUAUCCAGCUACCCCAGACCACCACAGAUAAGCUGAGCUGCAGAGCCAUGUGGAACAAAGGACAAUGUUGUGCUUUUACUCUGUGAGAGAUGGAUUGAUGUGGUAAAUGAGAAAACUGAUCAUUGCUGCUUAUGGGAACAAAUGUGACUAUCCACGACUGCAUUUACUGACUUUAUAUUCUCUUUUACCUCUGAUACCCUCAUUGUGGCAUUCUUGAAGAGCAAUUAACACUUUGCAUUUUGAGUUUGGAGAAAGAAUGGGAUGACUUGUGUAAAAGCAUGGGUUAUGUUCAGGUUUCUGAAUGAACUAUGAAUGUCUGCAUAGGCAGGAGAAGUCCAAAAAAUUAUGCUAGCACUUAACUGGUUUGCUAAAGGAAAAUAGAUUGUGAGGUAAGGAAAUAUAAUGAAGUGGUAAAACCUGUGUUGGAUAUGUGAGCAUAACACUGGCAUGAACCUUUACUAAAGUAAUGAGUAGUAUGGGUGAAUGUUCUCUGGGAGAUAGUGAACAAAAGCAGUGGUGGAGCAUGAAAUUUUGGAGCAUUUUGGAGACAUCUAGACUUGCUUGUUAGACAAUCAGACACAUCCCUUAUUCAAAUGUGUAUGUGAAUGCAAACAAUUAACAAUUAAAGUGUGCAAAUCUUUCAUAGAACGAAUAACAACAUUCAGUAUAUGCUGAACAAUAUUUAAGAGUUCAAAUAAAAUGUGAGAGGUGUCUUUUAUAAAUACAGUACUUCCAUAAUUUUGUACUUUUUCAAUUUUUGAAUGCAGUGUUCCCUACAGUGACCUGUGAAUAGGUUUUAGGAGCCAGAGCCACAUAGGAGUUUGAUCAAUAGUGAAUUCAUCCAUUGCUACCAUGAGGUCCUAGAGGUCCUUUUGAUGCAUGCCACUUUAACAUACUAUUGAUGACUUUCAUCAUAUUCAUCUCUGAUGCUGUAUAGUAACCAUGUAUGUACUGUACUCCAGUCACACGCAAUCUAUUCUUUUCUCAUUUGAAUAAAACAUCCAGGAAAAACUAA